AUGGAGCAUCGAUGCAUGAUUGGGCUUUCAGUUUCUGUGACGACUACGCCGUCUUUUUAUCUCUCUCUCUCUUUCCCUUUCAAAGAAAAGAAAAACAGAAUCAGAACCGUCGGUUCAUCGAUAAAGGGCCUCUUCCUUCUGCCGCAUCUCUUCCUUUGUUUUCACCUGUACUUUCUGUUUUUCUGGUUCUCUUCAUUGUCCCGUCUGUUUAGGGUUUUGUGGCUGUUUCUAUGUGUGUUGGUGAUGGUACACGUUGACUUUCCAUGUGUGUGCGUGUGUGACACACCCGUACUCGAUCACUGUAAACACUUAUCUUGUUGGCUGCAAGCGCCAUUUUGGGCCUCACUGCACCCACCCACCCCUCUUCGUCGUUCGUGUUUGUUUUUCUAUGUUCCUCCCCCUGUCGCUUGCUGGUGGGAAAAUGAGUUAAGAAAAAAAUCGAUUUACCUUCGCUCAUUUGGCAAACCAACUUCAGCUGCACCUUCUUUCUCUUGUUGUUUGUUUCCAUGA